GGACUGGCUAAGCCAGCGUCGCUAGAGUCGCCACUCUCGCCAACUCUUCCAGGUUCAGAAAAGGGGGCGUUCCACGUGAUCGCUUCGCCAAGCAGGUGUGCCCUUAACAAUCUAACUCACCAAAAUAAUCCCACCCCCAACAUCCCCAACAUCAGCACUACGAAGUACAUGGCAAAGAUCGACAACAAUAUCAGCCCUACCGCUGAUAAAUCCGUACUCAUUUUCUAGCAGCGCGUGCUCUAGCUGCUGGCAUCAGCUACGACAUCUCAGCCGCUUGGUAUACCCUCAAUGCUCUCACCAUCGUCCAGGGCUUGAAUCUGGCUUCUCUCUCCCGGAUGUUGUCGAGGGCGAGCAGAUACAAGAUGGCGAAGAGCGUGUGCAUAAUCGGCGCCGGGCCCUCCGGCCUCGUAGCCGCGAAAACCUUGACGCACAACGUACUGAAGGACACCUUUCACGUGACCGUCUUCGAAGCCUCGCAUCGUAUCGGAGGUCUCUGGCCUAUCUCAAAGGUUGAUGACGGAAUGGUGAAUCCGGAUAUGUGCGUCAAUCAAAGUAGACAUACAGUGAGUUUCAGUGAUUUUGCGUGGGAGGAGGGGAAGGCGAGUUUUCCGAAGGCGUGGGAGGUGGGGGAGUACCUGGAGAGGUAUCGGGAGAGGUAUGGAGUGAGCAUUAGGUUGAAGACACGGGUCGUGGGAACGGAGAUAGAGGAGGAGAGGUGGAAGGUGAGAGUCAGGGAGGACGAGGAGUAUGAGAAAACCUACGAUUUUGAUCACUUGAUCAUCGCUACAGGUUUCUUCGGGAAACCCAAGAUCCCUAAAAUCUUCGACGGCCUCAAUGUUCCGAUCUGGCACAGUUCCAAGGUUCGGGAUGUCAAAGGUCUCCUGACCGAGGGAGGUAGCAAGCCCCCGGCCCCUGGGAAGAACAUCGUCGUUGUUGGAGGUCAGAUGUCUGGAGUUGAAACAGCUGGGUCACUUGCUUUUGAGAUAUCUUCAGUUGCCAAUACCCCAGGAAUACCUGCUUUCCCUGACCCAGAGAAGUAUAUCGUUUGCAAUGUUGUGCAGAAGCCUGUCUGGGUUAUGCCACUUUUCUUUCCCAAAAACCCAGAUGUCGAAGUCUCUGAAGGGGAUGCGAUUACGAAGAAAAAGAACCCCUCCCCCACAAUUUUGCCCCUAGACCUUGUCAACUACAAUCUCUCUUGGCGACCACCAGGCCCCAUUCAGAACACAUCAGGCCACGUCAGCCCGGAGGGCGCUCAAAUGGUCCACGGCUUCAUGGAAACAUAUAUUGGAACCGACCAAGCAGACCUAGGUGCAGACCUAUCAAUGACGGGAGACAUCCGCUCAGAACCGCCAUUACUUGCAUGCAGCGACCAUUACACCGAGUUCGUCCGGCACAAGAAGAUCCAAACCAUCAGCGGGAGAGUCAGCCGAGCUUCUUCACCAAAUUCAAUCAAGAUUUCAGACAGCUCCGGAAACCUCUCACAGAUCUCAGACAUAGCAGCAAUCGUCUGCGCAACUGGCUUUGAUGCUUCCGCCUCCCUUUCGUUCCUCCCAUCAGACAUCCUGGAAACAUUGCAAUUCUCACACACAAGCGACGAAUUCCCACUUGCUCUCAACAUCCACUCCACAAUCUCCCGCAAAGUCCCAUCAUUAGGAUUCGUAGGUUUCUAUCGCAGCCCCUACUGGGGCGUCAUGGAAAUGCAAGCCCGUUUCCUCUCCGCCCUCUGGUCCGGUGAUGCGAAAGCCGCCAAGGCGCUCGAGGAUGACAUAACCAUUGAUUCCAUGCUGAAACUGAGGACUGAUCCAAGAAGAGCCCAGUUUCCGAUGGGCGAUUACGCUUACCUCAUGGAAUCUUUCGCCUCCAUGCUCUCCAUCAGUCGCCAAGAACCCCCAAGCACCUCCCCAGACGUGAAAACGGGAAUCGUUCUACCUCCAAGAUAUUUACCUGAUUCCGCCUCUCUCGAACAGAAGAAUGAGGCCAAGACUGCACUCGAGAUCAUUGAUCGCAUUUUCUCGGACUCCGCAAACCAAGGCAAGUUCGUAGCGCGUGCUGUUUUCAGAGCGCUGCAAGGGUUUUGGCACUUGGAGAGGAAGAUCAGUUCAAGACUGGAUACGUUUCCGAGUGGGAGUUUGAGUGGGAAGGCGAGCUUUCUGCCGCGAUAUCCGACCAAGAAAGAUGCUGAAAUGGAAUAUCUUUAUUUUGAGGAGGGUGAAUUCAGGCCGAGUUGGGGCGGGACGAUGUCUGCGAAAAGAAGUUAUGUAUACCAUUACAGCGAAUCAACAGACAAAAUCGACGUCUGGUUCGCGAAGCCGGACUAUAAAACGUCUGACUACUUUUUCCACGAGCUAGAGUUCCUUAUUUCGGAGAAAGAGGGAGAGCUGCAGCCAUGGAGGGCGAAGUCGAGUCACUUGUGUAUCGAAGAUUUGUAUAAUGUUACUUAUGAGUUCAGCUUCUCAGGCACAACGCUCGCGAAGUGGACGAGUAGGUACGAAGUCAAAGGGCCGAAGAAAGAUUAUGUCAUUGAGAAUGUGUAUACGAGACCCGUAUAGAAGCUAGGCUAGAAUAGAGCUAGAUGCCAAUCGAGAUCUGUGUUUUGGCCAUCUCUUGUUUUCAGUAAUUUGCAGGACACGGCCGAAUGGCUCGGAUCAAAAG